AUGGGUAAGGUAAAGAAAUCUAAAACGCACAGAAUUAAGAGGAAUAUAGUAGUUGCUACCAAUGAUUCGGAUGGAGAAGAAGAAUUGAUUGUUGAUUCGAAGGAGAACGCUGUCCAAACUGUACUGGAUCAGUUGCAGUCUGCCAAUGUUGAAGAGAAGUAUUGUGGCCUACAAACAUUAGCAAAUCUUAUAGAAAAUCCUGAUAAUGUAGAAGAAGUUAUUACCAGAGAAGUUGCGAAAGUAGCUGCCCCAUUACUAAUUGAUCCGGCAAGUGCAGUUAGAAAUGCAGCUGCUGGAGCCCUUCGAAAUGUAUCUGCAGUUAAGCUGGAAGUUUGUGAUGCUUUGAUGGAACAGGAUAUUAUGACACCACUUACAUGUUACUAUCAUGAGCAUGCAGCGGAGUGGACACCAGCAAAAGAUAGUCAAUCCAAAGAUGAGAAUUCAGACACUUACAUUCAGUGUACAAAUUUAUUGUUGAAUUUAUGUGAAAGUUCAGAGCUGGCUAUCAAAUAUGUGGGACAAUCAAAAAUAUUAGACAUACUGCCGAGAUACUUGCAGCUAUCUGAAUUUGGCAAUGACAUUGUUAUUGCCACAUUGCAGUGUUUAUUGGUAAUAGUUGAAGACAAUCCUGUUGCUGUAGAAAAAAUCAAAUCAAACUCUGAAUCACAACUGGAGUCUUUAAUAAACUUGGAAGGAAGUAACCCUGAUGCACUACUAAUCAAAACAUUAGCUGCAGGCGUGAUUAUUAACAUGUGUGGUGGAAAUUUGAGUGCCUUACCUGUAGAUGUUAUCAAUCAAGUUUUUGCCAUUUUGGCUAAUUCACUCUCAGUCGACCACAGGCUGGCAUGUAACCAGCUAUCUAGUACUGUUCCACUAGCUGAUGUCUCAGGAAAAGUGAAGGCUCUUAAAGGAAAUGAAGCAAAAGUUCUUGAAAAUCAAAUAAAAGCAGUUGUACAAAUGUUAGAUGCACAACAGAGUGCCAUUGAAAUUAUUGCGAAUAUUUGUUCUUGUGAUGAUGGUGAUGAAGUUGAGAAUGAUGAUUCCUCAGACAGUGAACUAGAUGAGGAAAUUUGCAAAAAUGAUGAUGAAACUAUGUUAUCUGAAGAUAAGUUGCCUCCUCUAGUUAUGGAAGCGUUGAUGUCCCUAGACAUAUUUGCCAAAGUCUGGGCUCGAACUGAAUUACCACCUCAAAACGUGAUGAUGAUAUUGAAGGAAUAUGAAGGAUCACAAUUAGUUUUUAAGAAGCUUCAUAGUGUACAGACCCGAGCCUUGCUUUGUAUAAACAAUAUGCUGUCAACCCUACCCAUUAAUGGCUUGGGUGGAGUAAAUGGUGUUUACAAAAUAUGGAUUGAUGCUGGCAAGUUAACAUUUAAGCAGAAUGCUGAAAAUUUGAACCUGUUGGAGUCUGCAACUGCUGUUAUGCGUGCUGCUCUUGAUAAAAUUAAACUAAAAGAAAAUGGAAAUGUGAAUGAAUGCAACUUAUUUAAUAACAUGGCUCUGUCCGAUAUCGAAAUGAUGUUGACAGGCAUCAAAGAAUGUCAGUCUCCAGAAAUAAGAUCAAAUCUCAUCAGGAUGAUAGGAAUAUUGGCAUUGCUGUUGGUAAAUAACUUAACUGAAGUAACCUCUAAUGUGAUAUGCACAAUAACUGAGUUUAUAUUGGAACAAGCUCAUAAAGAAAAUGAUGUUUGGGUAUUAGCUGAAGCUAUAGACACACUAGUAGAUUUGUAUUCUGAAGAUGAAACUGACAUUCUGGCUGUUAAAGUGAAACUGAUUGAUAAAUUAUCUAUACUGGCACCUAUACUGAAGAAUAAAGCAAGGCAACAGAGAAGACUGCCAAAGGAGUACAAGGUCUUAGUAAGCACCGCCACAUCAAAUUUACCGAGAUUUAUAAAAUAUAAAAAGGCACGAUUGAGUAACUUUUACGAAAAUCGUCGUACUAACGGUUGUUUGGUCAUAAGAAUGACUUCACCACAAUGA